CUUCCCGGGGUGAACGGCGCGCUCGCUGACGGCUCGCCCCGCCUGCCAGUCCAGCGGCUCGCGCGUGGCCCCCUCCACGGCGCCGAGAUUGGGCGAAUAGCGAGCAAAUACGUGCGCGUGUCUCUGCCCGCCCCGCCGCCGGCCUCCCUGCCUCAGUCCCCGGCUCUGACAGCAGGAAAGGCCCAGGUCGUCUCCGAGCAGGCCCAGCCGCCCAGGCUCGACCUGUUUCCCCCAGCGGCGCUCCCCCAAGCCCCGCAGCGGCUGCUCCCCGCCGAGCCAGCGUCGGAGAAGGUCGAGGGCGCGGAAGAGGCGCGGCGCCGCGACCCAGCGCUCGCCGACAUGAACCACCACCAUCACGCCCAGCAGCAGAAGAGUGGCGAGCAGCAGCUCAGCGAGCCCGAGGACAUGGAGAUGGAAGCUGGGGACACAGACGAUCCCCCCAGAAUCACUCAGAAUCCAGUGAUCAACGGGAACAUAGCCAUGGCUGAUGGACACAACACCACUGAAGAAGACAUGGAGGACGCCAAUGCAGAUACCAGCUGGCGGUCAGAGGCCACCUUCCGAUUUGUGGUGGAGCGCUUCAGCCGGCUCAGUGAGUCCGUGCUCAGCCCGUCCUGCUUCGUGAGGAACCUGCCCUGGAAGAUCAUGGUGAUGCCCCGCUUCUACCCAGACCGCCCCCAUCAGAAGAGCGUGGGCUUCUUCCUGCAGUGCAAUGCAGAGUCUGACUCUACGUCAUGGUCCUGCCAUGCUCAGGCGAUGCUUAAAAUAAUCAACUACAAAGAUGAUGAAAAAUCAUUCAGUCGCAGGAUCAGCCACCUCUUCUUCCACAAGGAGAAUGACUGGGGCUUCUCCAACUUCAUGUCUUGGAGUGAUGUCACAGACCCUGAGAGGGGCUUUAUCGAGGACGACAAGGUCACUUUUGAGGUCUAUGUGCAGGCAGAUGCCCCACAUGGAGUGGCGUGGGAUUCAAAGAAACACACAGGAUACGUUGGGUUGAAGAACCAAGGUGCCACGUGUUACAUGAACAGUCUGUUGCAGACACUCUUCUUCACAAAUCAGCUCCGGAGGGCUGUCUACAUGAUGCCCACGGAGGGGGACGACUCAUCCAAGAGUGUCCCGCUGGCACUGCAGAGGGUCUUCUAUGAGCUCCAGCACAGUGACAAGCCAGUGGGGACAAAGAAGCUCACAAAGUCCUUUGGCUGGGAAACACUGGACAGCUUCAUGCAGCAUGAUGUGCAGGAACUUUGUAGGGUGCUCCUUGACAACGUUGAGAACAAGAUGAAGGGUACUUGUGUGGAAGGCACCAUCCCAAAGCUCUUCCGAGGAAAGAUGGUGUCUUACAUCCAAUGUAAACAUGUAGACUACAGAUCUGAACGAAUAGAAGAUUACUAUGACAUCCAGCUCAGUAUAAAAGGAAAGAAGAACAUUUUUGAGUCCUUCAAGGACUAUGUUGCGGUGGAGCAGCUGGAUGGGGACAACAAGUAUGAUGCUGGAGAACAUGGCUUGCAGGAGGCUGAGAAGGGUGUGAAGUUCUUGACGUUCCCACCAAUUCUGCACUUGCAACUCAUGAGAUUCAUGUACGACCCCCAGACAGACCAAAAUAUCAAGAUUAAUGACAGGUUUGAGUUCCCCGAGCAGUUGCCCUUGGAUGAGUUCCUACAGAAGCCUGACGUUAAGGAUCCUGCAAACUACAUCCUGCAUGCAGUCCUGGUUCACAGCGGAGACAACCACGGAGGACACUACGUUGUCUAUCUGAACCCGAAGGGAGACGGCAAAGUGAGUGUCAAGGAGCCAAUAUGGUGCAAGUUUGAUGAUGAUGUCGUGUCCAGGUGUACAAAGGAAGAGGCAAUUGAACACAACUAUGGCGGACAUGACGAUGACUUGUCCGUGCGUCACUGUACAAACGCAUACAUGCUGGUGUACAUCAGAGAAUCCAAACUCAGUGAGGUACUGCAGCCAGUUACAGACAUGGACAUCCCACAGCAGCUGGUGGAAAGACUUCAGGAGGAGAAGAGAGUGGAGGCACAGAAGCGGAAGGAGCGGCAGGAGGCGCACCUGUACAUGCAGGUCCAGAUUGUCACAGAAGACCAGUUCUGUGGACACCAGGGCAAUGACAUGUACGAUGAAGAGAAGGUGAAGUACACUGUGUUCAAGGUUCUCAAGAGUUCCACGCUGGCAGAGUUUGUGCAGAAUCUCUCGCAGACGAUGGGAUUCCCACAGGACCAGAUCCGGCUGUGGCCCAUGCAGGCGAGGAGCAACGGAACCAAGAGGCCGGCUAUGCUUGACUACGAGGCCGAUUGUAAUAAGUCUAUGAUUGACUUGAGUGACAACGAGAACCCGUGGACAAUAUUCCUGGAGACAGUGGAUCCAGAAAUGGCUGCCAGCGGUGCAACUUUGCCCAAGUUCGACAAAGACCAUGAUGUCAUGUUGUUUUUGAAGAUGUAUGAUCCAAAAACAAGAAGCUUAAAUUAUUGUGGACAUAUCUACACACCUAUAUCCUGUAAAAUACGAGACUUGCUGCCAGUCAUGUGUGAAAGAGCAGGAUUUCAGCAAGGAACUAGCCUUAUCCUCUAUGAGGAAGUUAAACCGAAUUUAACUGAGCGUAUUCAGGACUACGAUGUCUCGCUGGACAAAGCUCUGGAUGAACUCAUGGAUGGGGACAUUAUAGUGUUUCAGAAGGAUGAUCCUGAGAACGAUGCAAGCGAACUGCCGACUGCAAAGGACUAUUUCAGAGACCUUUACCAUCGCGUCGAUGUCAUCUUCUGCGACAAGACCAUUCACAAUGACCCUGGCUUUGUAGUGACACUCUCUAACAGAAUGAACUACUUCCAGGUGGCGAAAACUGUUGCACAGAGGUUGAACACUGACCCCAUGCUCCUACAGUUUUUCAAAUCCCAAGGAUACAGGGAUGGACCAGGGAAUCCGCUCAGGCACAACUAUGAAGGCACCCUCAGAGACCUGCUGCAGUUCUUCAAGCCCCGACAGCCCAAGAAGCUGUAUUACCAGCAGCUGAAGAUGAAGAUCACAGACUUCGAGAACAGGAGGAGUUUCAAGUCCAUAUGGCUGAACAGCCAGUUUCGGGAAGAGGAGAUAACACUAUAUCCGGACAAGCAUGGCUGUGUCCGCGACCUGCUGGAAGAAUGCAAGAAGGCAGUGGAGCUAUCUGAAAAAGGCUCAGAGAAGCUCAGACUCUUAGAAAUUGUAAGCUACAAAAUAAUUGGUGUCCACCAAGAGGACGAAUUGCUUGAAUGUUUAUCCCCCGCGGCGAGCCGAACCUUCAGAAUAGAGGAGAUCGCUCUGGACCAGGUGAACCUCGACAAAGAGACUGAGAUGCUGAUUCCUGUCGCACAUUUUCAUAAGGAGGUCUUUGGGACCUUCGGGAUUCCAUUUCUGCUGAAGAUCCGUCAGGGCGAGCCUUUCAGAGAGGUCAUGAAAAGAAUCCAAACCAUGCUCGACAUACAGGAGAAGGAGUUUGAAAAGUUCAAGUUUGCAAUCGUAAUGAUGGGUCGGCACCAGUACAUCAACGAAGACGAAUACGAAGUAAAUCUGAAAGACUUUGAGCCACAGCCAGGAAACAUGUCACAUCCACGACCUUGGUUAGGGCUUGACCAUUUCAACAAAGCUCCGAAGAGGGGCCGCUACACGUACCUGGAGAAAGCGAUCAAGAUCCACAACUGACGACUUUCAGCCCAAGCAACUGUACUAAAGACUUUAACCAAACCUUUUGUGUGCACCACUUUUAACAACCGCAGUUUGAGUACACAUGCACCACGUAGGAAGUUAUCUUCUUGCUGCUGAUGCUACUCAACUUAUUUUUUUCCUCCGUUUUUUUCCCCCAAGGCUGUUCGAUUUGGCUUCUCUGUAACUUGGCUGCCUAUUUUGUCUGGAAGAAUAAUUGGAUUUUAACAAGAGAGGAACGAGAGACUAUGAACUUAUAGGCGUUUCGUUUUUUUUCUUUUUUUUUUUUUUUUUUUUGUUUUAAAAAGAAUUGUUAUGGAGAGGGUGCUGCUGCCUGUGGGUGUGAGGGGGGCGAACGGACGUUGGAGGAAUUGCAUAGCCCCCCUCGCCGCUGGCGAAGGCAGAGCGAAUAGCAUACGCUUGCUAGUUGCCUAAUGUGGUUGUCAUAUUUCCUGGUCCCUUAGUGCAACUAGUCCACUUCAUGUUUACACAAUUCUUUCUCACUUAGUUUGGUUGGAGGAAUUCAGUUUGUCUUCAAAUCUUGUAUAAUAAAAAAAAAUCCACAGCAUCCAUUAAAAACAACAAAAAAAAGAUAAAGCGUCUGUACUUCAUCUUGCACGUUGGCACUUAAUAGCAAAGAUGAUACAUUUAUCAGCACCGUUAAAUGUAAUCUUUGGUUUUGGUUUGGUUUUCCCCCUUUCCUUCCUCUGGUUUACGCAUAAUCUUACUGUCUCAGCUUCUGUCCCUUUGCUGUGGGUUUGUGAUGGCGACAUCAGCAGCUCGAGAGAUUUUUACUGUAUUUGUCCGUGUUGGCGUGAAGCUGCGGACUCAAGUAUCGACUGGUUUAGGACCUGGAGAAACCAGUGUUUGAGUGAAGUUGCAGCCCUUUUCCUGGAUGGAAGGAGUGCUCCUAUAGGGUGUUGUAGUUGGCUUUGUAAAGAGAAAUUCAAAUUGUAUAUUUAAAGAAUGAACAUGUAAAAUUAAACACAAACUUUUGUUGGGUACAAAGCUAUUCAGAUGUUCAUAUUCCUUGUGUGUAGUUUUUUUUCCUCUUUUUUUUUUUUUUUUUUUUUUUUUUUUAUUUUGUUUUGGUUUCUCAUUUCCAUUUUAGUUCCUCUUUUAAACUAAUUGCAACAGUGUCUAGUUAAAAAGUGCAGUACAAAGAUGACCUGCAGAUCACAUUUUUAAUUUUUCCAGUCCUGAUUCCUCCCUGUAGCAGCGGUGUACGACAACUAUUCCUGUAUAUUGCCUUUUUGCUGGAAAAUGUAUGUUGAAUAAAAAUUUUCUAUAAAAU